AUGGUGUUGAGAAGACUUUUUUUCCUUUCUCUGAUAGUGGCAACAUGUGCCGCAGCUUUCACGUUUUACAUGAACGCAAAAAGAAAGAAAAAGAAGAGCGAGCUUACGCCGUAUGUACAUUCGCCAAUGUCCGAAAGGUCACAAGCUGUUUUACGCGCAGCCCAUUAUGCAUGCCGCUGUCACGAGUUAAAACCGUACGACAACUGCGAUGUGACGACUACACUUGAGUCAGAUGAUGUGUCAGUGGUACGGGUUACUGAAUCAGAAAGUUAUUCUGAUGAUGAUGAUGCUACGGGGGAGAUUGUCGGUGCGUUGUCUCCACAUAAAGAGAAGGAGAAGGAGAAAAAGUGA